UGUCUAUAUUCCAUUUUUUGUGUGUCUAGACGUGUAAACGUGUAAAUUAACAAUCUUUAUAUAAGUAUACUUAGCUUUUGUUGCUUCUAAAGAUGUAUUUAGCAUAUGUUUUUGUUUUGGCAUUUGGAAUUAGUUUUUGUUCCGCAAAUAUUGAAGGCCUGUUUCUAGAAUUAGAGGCUGUUGUUCAAAGUCAAUUUGCAGAAAACGAAAACAUGAAAAGUCGCGUUGCAGAGCUGGAGGGUGAGGUUACGGCUCUCGUUGCAGAAAACUUAGAGGAAGAACACGAAACGAAAAGUGGGGAGUUAAAGGGAGUUAAGACAGUGGCCGAGAGAAGAGAGAUUCCAAAAUCUGACCAUAGCAGUUUUUCAGGGCAUUUAUUUACACGUGCUACCGGUAACAGUAGAGCUUUCCAUGCAUACCGAAGCCAAAACAGGUGUUACAACAACUAUGAAACUAUCGAGUUCGAUGUACAAGCCCUAGACAAUGUUGAUAUGUAUAAUCAGAGGGACGGAAUAUUCGAACCACCAGUUUCCGGGGUAUACGUGUUCACAUGGACAGUCGCCGCACCAGUCCACACUCACAUUGCGACUGAGCUAGUCAUAGCUGGCAGAAUGGCAGGUGUGAUCACAUCAGACUCCGAUGCCUCCCAAAGCUCGGGUUCUGGCACACACCCAGCGACGGCGGUGGUCGUUGCUCAAGUAAAUGUGUCAACUCACUGCUACAUUCGUGUGCGACACACCGGCAGCGGUGACUGCGCAUGGGUCCUUAGCGAUGACAAUAAAGUUCGUUCCACAUUUUCAGGCUGGCAGCUGUUCUGAAUAGCUUGUUUUACUAUGACAAAAGCAGUAUAAACUUGAAUUAAACUAUUAAAAAAAGC